CUUGGGUCUAUUUUCAGCUUCAUAUCGAAGGUGAGUUGUAACCAAAAAGCUUCUUCAUUUAAUCCAGCAGUUCCAGAUCUCACUUAUUCUUUUAACGUUUCAUUUUACUCUCAUUUUGAUUACUAUUUUGAGCCCACAAAAUGGAAGACGAUAAGAACAAGAACGAGAACGAGAACCAAAAACCAGAAGAGAAAAAGUCCCAAAACGAAGAAACUAAAGUUGAAGAAUCACCAGCGAAAUCUGGAGGAUGGGGAGGUUGGGGUUUUUCUGCGCUUACAGUUCUAUCAGAUCUUCAAAAGGCUGCUCAAGAGAUCUCUCGCAAUGCAUCUGUUGCUGCAGAGAAGGCUGCAACGAGCUUCAUGGAUGUGCAAAAUGAAGACUCCGAACCUCUCAAGAAAGAGGAAAAGGUUGAGGACGCUGCAUCUGAGAAGGAAAGUGAAGAUGAGAAUGAAAUAAAACGAAAGUCUGCUUUGGAGAAAUUGGAGAAUGCUAGUGAGGAGUCCUUCCUAGGCCAGGGAUUAAGGGUUCUUGAUAAUUCUGUUGAGAAUUUCACUUCUGGAGCUUGGCAGGCUUUAGGAAGCGCAUGGAAAGGCAGUACUGCUUUUGUUCAGAAGCUUGAGCACUCUGCUGUGAACCUUGCGGGAUCUGUUCAGCAGGGUGGGGAAACUGGUUCUGCUGCACCAUCCUUGAUGGAGACUGGAAGAGCUUUUACAGCAAAGGGAAUGCAAGUGCUUGAAUAUGUAGGCAAGGAGACUAUCGAUCUACUGAUCGCAGAGACUGGUAUUGACAUUGAAAAGAAUAAAGAUUCAGAACAAGAAGGUAAUGAGGAUCAGUUAUCCGAGGAAGUGACAUUUGAUCGUUGCUUCUACAUAUAUGGAGGUCCAGAACAGAUAGAGGAACUGGAGGCGUUGUCCAACCACCAUGCACUCUUAUUUAAUAGAAGAAAGGCAAAAUUAUCAUCAGAUCAGAAAUCUGCAUGUGAUGGAAAUCUCAAACGAGUCCAGAAAAUUUUUAGCUUGAGUACUGAAGUGGAUGGUAGUGCUGAGUCAGAUAGAGGAAAAAAAGUAGAAACUGGAACUGAGGGAUGUGGUGAAGAAAUGAAGAAUUUAUUUGAUUUGAGCGUCAGCAAGGCUGCUGAUAUGGCUACAGGCUUCACGAAUGCCUUAGCAGGACUAACUGUCAAUGAUAUUGUUCAAAGGACUGCUGGCAGACUAGAAUCUGUUCAUUCAGAGGGUGUUCAUAGACUCUCCGAAAUGUGCUGUGUUGCUGUAUCUCAAUUGCUUUUGCUCGGAAAAUCCAUAAUAUCAAAUGCUAGCAAGAUUCAAGAUGGAGAUGCUGAUAGUGAUGCUUUGAAUAUUGACUGGCCUGAGGAUUCUGUUGAAAAAGCUAAAAUAAUCAGAACAAAGGCACAAUCAAUGACAGCAUAUCUAGAAGCAGUUUCAAACAGCUUUAUUACAGGCAUAUCUGAUGUUGCUGAAUCUUACCAAUCAGCCAUGAAGAGUGCUUCUGCCAAUUCUCCUGAAGUUGCAAAACCAUCAAUUCAGGAAAAAGCUAAUGCCUUCUCUGAAAAUCUCCGUGCUGGUCACACAACUGCAGUGGGAAAAAUCCAGGACGGGCUCCAAUACUUGUCUUAUGUAGUCCUUUCAACUUCUAUUCCUGCAGCAUGAUGACUAAAGAUACUCAACUCAGUUAUACCUCAAUGACUUAAUGUUUCAUUUCUAUUUUGUACAGAGUAGCAUAUGUAGCGUGUUGUCCACGAUCUUGUUCGGAACUAUAUGUCAUGCAACUGAAAUUCGUAGGAGAAAGAAUUUUUAUCUGUACUCCUUCAAACGUUUAGAUAAAAUAAGAGCAAUGAAACAUUUAGUUUGAUA